GGCGGGGCGGCGGGGAAUGAAUGGACGCUGAGCUGGGGGCGCGCCGGCUCUCGGGACCGGCCUGAGGCGGGGGGGCGGCCGCGGCAUGGAGGACGACGCGCCCGUGAUCUACGGGCUGGAGUUCCAGGCUCGUGCCCUCAGCCCGCAGACGGCAGAGACGGACGCCAUCCGGUUCCUGGUCGGGACGCAGUCUCUUAAAUAUGAUAAUCAGAUCCACAUCAUAGACUUUGACGACGAAAACAACAUCAUCAACAAAAAUGUCCUCCUCCACCAAGUGGGUGAAAUCUGGCACAUCAGCGCGAGUCCCGCGGACAAAGGCGUGCUGGCCACCUGCUACAACAAGACUGCAGACGGCCGCGUCCUGCGGUGCGCCGCGGUGUGGAGGAUGCCCGAGGAGUCGGAGCCCGGCGGCCACGAGUCCCCCGACGAUUCUGCGAGCACCGCGCACGCCCUGGAGCUGCUCUGCGACCUCGACCACUCGGCGCAGGGGAGCACGGCCUGUGUCCUGUGGGAGCCCGCGGGCGACGGGAGGAGAGUGGUGUCGCUGGCGAACAGCCACAUCCUGCUGUGGGACCUGCAGCAGAGCUCCCGCCAGGCCGUGCUGGCCAGCUCGGCCGCCCUGGAGGGGAAGGCGCAGCUGAAGUUCACCUCGGGGCGCUGGAGCCCGCACCACGGCGGCACGCAGGUGGCCACCGCGAGCGGCACGGCUGUCCGAGGCUGGGACAUGCGGAGCAUGAGCCCGGCCUACUGCAUCGAGAACGCCCACGGGCAGCUGGUGCGGGACCUGGACUUCAACCCCAACAAGCAGUACUGCCUCGCGAGCUGCGGGGACGACUGCAAGGUGAAGUUCUGGGACACCCGCAACGUCGCCGAGCCCGUGCGGGCCCUGGAGGAGCACUCCCACUGGGUGUGGAGCGUGCGCUACAACCACUCACAUGACCAGCUCGUCCUCACGGGCAGCAGUGACAGCCGGGUCAUCCUCUCCAACAUGGCGUCCAUCUCGUCCGAGCCCUUUGGCCACCUGGUGGACGACGACGACCUGAGUGACCAGGAGGAGCGCCGUCCGGAGGACAGGAGCCAGGAGCCCCCGCAGGAUGGCGUCAUCGCCACGUACGAGGAGCACGAGGACAGCGUGUACGCCGUGGACUGGUCCGCCGCCGACCCCUGGCUCUUCGCUUCCCUGAGCUACGACGGGCGACUGGUGAUCAACCGGGUGCCCCGGGCUCUGAAGUACCACAUCCUGCUCUGACCCGCCCGGGGCCGCGUCGCGUGCCACACGGGUGUGCUCUCUGCACCGAGGGCGCGGGCGUGGGCCGUGGCCAAGGACCCGCACGCCCCGCUGAGCAGGGGCCCCGGGGCCUCCGGACGCUGCCCGUGAACCUGAGUGCCCGGGCUCUGCUCACUGUCCGUCUUCUCUGUUAAGGACGCCGGGGUCUGUUUCACUGAAAAGAAACCUGUUUCUGUAACAGUAACUCCUCUUUCUCUUAGACCAGCGAUGAAAUAAAUGAGUGAGGCCCUCGGGCCGCACAGCU